GAUGAGCUCGCAGUUACCCACAGAGUCAACAGAAACAAGAUCUUUGCUCUGUGUUCACCCCAACUGAUUAUCUCUUUGUCUGUGGACCUCCAACAGCAACAAUGGGUGACGCUCUCAUGGCCGAGUUUGGGAAGGCUGCUCACUUUCUGAGGAAGUCAGACAAGGAGCGCCUGGAAGCCCAGACCAGGGCUUUUGACAUCAAGACCGAGUGCUUCGUGGUUGAUGACAAAGUAGAAUAUGUCAAGGGGCAGAUCCAAAGCAAAGAGGGGGGAAAGGUGAUCGUAAAGAGGGAGGACCAGACUAUCGUGACCGUCAAGGAGGUGGACGUCCAUCCCCAGAACCCGCCAAAAUACGAUAAAAUCGAAGACAUGGCCAUGUUCACCUUCCUCCACGAGCCAGCUGUUCUGUUUAACCUCAAAGAGCGUUACGCAGCCUGGAUGAUCUACACCUACUCAGGGCUGUUCUGUGUGACAGUGAACCCAUACAAGUGGCUUCCUGUCUAUGACUCUGAGGUGGUGUCUGCCUACAGGGGAAAGAAGAGGACUGAAGCCCCCCCUCACAUCUUCUCCAUCUCAGAUAAUGCCUACCAGUAUAUGCUUACUGAUCGGGAGAACCAGUCUGUUCUUAUCACAGGAGAAUCCGGUGCUGGAAAGACUGUCAACACCAAGAGAGUCAUCCAGUACUUUGCCAGCAUUGCAGCAGUUAGUGGGGUUAAGAGGGAUCCAAGCAAGGGCACCCUGGAAGAUCAAAUCAUCCAGGCUAACCCUGCACUAGAGGCUUUCGGUAAUGCAAAAACACUGAGAAAUGACAACUCAUCACGUUUCGGCAAAUUCAUCCGUAUUCACUUCGGGACCAGUGGGAAACUGUCCUCUGCCGACAUAGAGACUUACCUUCUUGAGAAGUCCCGUAUCACCUUUCAGCUCAAAGCUGAGAGGAACUACCAUAUUUUCUUCCAGAUAUUGUCCAAUCAAAAGCCAGAGUUGUUGGACUUGCUGUUAAUCACCAACAAUCCAUAUGACUACUCCUACAUCUCCCAAGGAGAGGUAACAGUAGCAUCCAUCAAUGAUUCUGAGGAACUGAUGGCCACUGAUAGUGCCUUCGAUGUGCUCGGCUUUACUGCAGAGGAAAAACAGGGGGUCUACAAGUUGACAGGUGCCAUAAUGCACUACGGCAACAUGAGGUUCAAACAAAAGCAGCGGGAGGAGCAGGCAGAGCCUGACGGUACAGAGGCUGCUGACAAGUCAGCUUACCUAAUGGGGAUAAAUUCUGCAGAUCUGAUUAAAGGACUUUGCCAUCCCAGAGUCAAGGUUGGCAAUGAGUAUGUCACCAAAGGUCAAGGUGUAGAUCAGGUCUACUAUUCCCUCGGUGCAUUGGCUAAGUCAGUGUAUGAAAAGAUGUUCAACUGGAUGGUGGUGAGAAUCAACCACUCUCUUGACACAAAACAGGCACGCCAGCAUUUCAUAGGCGUACUGGACAUUGCUGGAUUUGAGAUCUUUGAUUUCAACACCUUUGAACAGCUCUGCAUCAACUUCACAAAUGAGAGACUGCAACAGUUUUUCAAUCAUCACAUGUUUGUGCUCGAGCAAGAGGAGUACAAAAAGGAGGGCAUUGACUGGGAGUUCAUCGACUUUGGGAUGGACUUGCAAGCUUGCAUUGACCUCAUUGAAAAGCCACUUGGGAUCAUGUCAAUUCUAGAGGAAGAGUGCAUGUUCCCCAAGGCCAGUGACCAGACCUUUAAGGCUAAGCUAUAUGACAACCAUUUGGGCAAGAAUAGAAUGUUUCAGAAGCCAAUUCCAGGUAAGGGCAAGGCAGAGGCACACUUUGCCCUGCUCCACUAUGCUGGCACUGUUGAUUACAAUAUUUCUGGCUGGCUGGUGAAGAACAAAGAUCCAUUGAAUGAAACAGUGUGUGGUCUUUAUGCAAAAUCCUCCCUCAAGCUGUUGAGCCAUCUUUUUGCCAUCAUAGCAACGGAGGGAGGUGACAAAGCUGGUGGAAAAGGAGGCAAAAAGAAAGGGUCUGCUUUCCAGACUGUAUCUGCACUUCACAGGGAAAACCUAAACAAGCUGAUGAGCACCCUGAAAACCACCCAUCCCCACUUUGUCCGCUGCUUGAUCCCAAAUGAGAGCAAAACGCCAGGGACCAUGGACAACUGCCUUGUGAUGCACCAGCUUCGCUGUAACGGUGUGCUGGAGGGCAUUCGAAUCUGCAGAAAGGGCUUCCCAAACAGAGUCCUCUAUGGCGACUUCAAACAGAGAUAUAGAAUCCUGAAUGCAUCCGUCAUUCCUGAGGGCCAGUUUAUUGACUCCAAGAAAGCCGCUGAAAAGCUACUGGGAUCAUUGGACAUUGAUCACACUCAGUACCGGUUUGGCAACACCAAGGUCUUCUUCAAAGCAGGCUUGCUGGGUACAUUGGAGGAGAUGCGAGAUGAACAACUCUCCCGCAUCAUUACAAUGAUCCAGGCCAACGCAAGAGCCAUACUCAUGAGGGCAGAGUACCAGAAGCUUGUGGAACGCAGGGAUGCUCUAAUGGUCAUCCAGUGGAACCUUCGUGCCUUUUUAGGGGUUAAGAACUGGCCCUGGAUGAAGAUGUUCUUCAAAAUCAAGCCACUGCUGAAGAGUGCUGAGUCUGACAAGGAGAUGGCAAACAUAAAGGACGAGUUCACUAAGCUCAAAGAGGCCUUUGAGAAAUCUGAAGCAAGACGGAAGGAGCUUGAGGAGAAAGUGGUGAGUAUUCUCCAAGAGAAGAACGACCUGCUCCUACAAUGCCAGUCUGAGCAGGACACACUAACAGAUGCUGAAGAGCGCUGUGAGCAGCUCAUAAAAAGUAAGAUCCAAAUGGAAGCAAAAGUCAAAGAACUGACAGAACGUAUGGAGGAUGAAGAGGAGAUGAAUGCAGAUCUCACAGCAAAGAAACGCAAGCUGGAGGAUGAAUGCUCUGAGUUGAAGAAAGAUAUAGAUGACCUUGAGCUGACAUUAGCCAAGGUUGAGAAAGAGAAACAUGCCACAGAGAACAAGGUGAAGAACCUCACAGAGGAGAUGGCUUCCCAGGAUGAAAACAUUGUGAAGCUGACCAAAGAGAAGAAGGCACUGCAGGAGGCUCAUCAGCAGACACUCGAUGACCUACAGAGUGAGGAGGACAAAGCCAACACCUUGACCAAAGCUAAAGCUAAGCUGGAGCAACAGGUGGAUGACCUUGAGGGCUCCCUGGAACACGAAAAGAAAGUCAGAAUGGAGCUUGAGCGCUCCAAGAGAAAGCUUGAGGGAGACCUAAAACUGAACCAAGAGAAUUUGAUGGAUUUGGAGAACGACAAACAGCAGCAAGACGAGAAACUCAAGAAGAAAGAAUUUGAGAUGAGCAGCCUGACUGUAAAGAUUGAGGAUGAGCAGGUGGCUGGAGUUCAGCUCCAGAAGAAACUGAAGGAAAGCCAGGCACGAAUCGAAGAGCUUGAAGAGGAGUUGGACGCUGAGCGAGCAGCCCGAGCCAAAGUGGAGAAGCAGCGAUCUGAUCUCUCCCGCGAGCUAGAGGACAUAAGUGAGCGUUUGGAGGAAGCGGGAGGGGCCACAUCUGUCCAGGUGGAGCUCAACAAGAAGAGGGAGAAUGAAUUUCUGAAACUUCGUAGGGACCUGGAGGAAUCCACGCUUCAACAUGAGGCCACUGCUGCAUCCUUGAGGAAGAAGCAUGCGGACAGUGUGGCCGAACUGGGUGAGCAAAUCGACAACCUCCAGCGUGUCAAACAGAAGCUAGAGAAAGAGAAGAGUGAGCUGAAGCUGGAGCUAGACGACCUGUCCUCAAAUAUGGAGAGUGUGGUAAAGGCCAAAUCCAACAUGGAGAAGAUGUGCCGAUCGAUGGAAGACAAUAUGAAUGAGAACAAGACCAAGUAUGAGGAGGCCCAGAGGUCCCUCAAUGACUUCUCCUCACAGAGGGCCAGGCUGCUCACUGAAAAUGGAGAGUUGGGACGUCAGUUGGAGGAGAAAGAGUGCCUGAUUUCACAACUCACCAGGGGCAAGAGCUCCUACACCCAGCAGGUGGAGGAUAUGCGCAGGCAGCUCGAGGAGGAGGUCAAGGCGAAGAAUUCACUGGCCCAUGCUGUGCAAUCUUCCCGUCAUGACUGUGACCUGCUCAGGGAACAGUUUGAGGAGGAGCAGGAGGCCAAGGCAGAGCUGCAGAGGGCACUAUCCAAGGCCAACACUGAAGUGUCCACAUGGAGGGCAAGGUAUGAGACUGAUGGAAUCCAGAAAACUGAGGAGCUGGAGGAAGCUAAAAAGAAGUUAGUCCAAAGACUGCAAGAAGCAGAGGAGGCUGUGGAGGCUGUGAACGCAAAGUGUUCCUCCCUCGAAAAGACCAAGAGUCGCCUCCAAAAUGAAAUUGAGGACCUGAUGUUGGAUCUUGAAAGAUCUAAUGCAGCAUCUGCAGCUCUGGACAAGAAGCAGAGAACCUUUGACAAAGUCAUGGCUGAGUGGAAGCAGAAGUAUGAGGAGUCACAGUGUGAGCUUGAAGGUUCCCAGAAGGAGGCUCGGUCUCUCAGCACUGAGCUCUUCAAAUUGAAGAAUGCCUAUGAGGAGUCCUUGGAUCACCUGGAGACCAUUCAAAGGGAGAAUAAGAACCUGCAGGAGGAGAUCUCUGACCUUACUGAUCAACUUGGUGAGGGAGGAAAAAGCGCCCAUGAAUUGGAGAAACUUCGGAAGCAGCUGGAGCAAGAGAAAGCAGAGCUCCAGUCAGCACUGGAGGAGGCAGAAGGUUCCCUGGAGCACGAAGAGGGCAAGAUCCUUCGGGCACAGCUGGAAUUCAACCAGGUGAAGGCGGAUAUUGAGCGCAAGCUGGCAGAGAAAGAUGAGGAAAUGGAACAGGUCAAGAGAAACUACCAGCGCAUGGUGGAGUCACUGCAGACCUCCCUCGAGUCUGAGACCAGGAGCCGCAACGAGGCCCUGAGAGUCAAGAAGAAGAUGGAGGGCGACCUCAACGAGAUGGAGAUCCAGCUUAGCCAAGCCAACAGACAAGCGGCUGAUGCCCAAAAGCAGCUUAAGAGCAUCCAGUCAUAUCUGAAGGAUACCCAGCUGCAGCUGGAUGACUCUACACAUGGGAAUGAAGACCUGAAGGAGAACAUUGCUCUCUUGGAGCGCAGGAACAAUCUGUUCCAAGCGGAGCUGGAGGAACUUCGGGUUGUUCUUGAGCAGACAGAGCGUUGCCGCAAGCUGGCCGAACAGGAGCUCACUGAAGCCACAGAGCGCAUGCAGCUCCUGCACUCUCAAAACACAGGCCUCAUCAACCAGAAGAAGAAACAAGAGGCUGAUCUGCUCCAACUGCAGACCGAGGUGGAGGAAGCAGUACAGGAGAACCGCAAUGCUGAAGAGAAGGCCAAGAAGGCCAUCACCGAUGCAGCCAUGAUGGCAGAGGAGCUGAAGAAGGAGCAAGACACUAGUGCCCACCUGGAGCGUAUGAAGAAGAAUAUGGAGCAGACCAUUAAGGACCUGCAGCACCGUCUGGAUGAGGCGGAACAAAUCGCAAUGAAGGGUGGGAAGAAGCAGCUCCAAAAGCUGGAGUUACGCAUUAAGGAGUUGGAGAGCGAGCUGGAGGCGGAGCAGAAGAGGGGCACAGAGUCCAUCAAGGGGGUGCGCAAGUACGAGCGGCGCAUCAAGGAGCUCACUUACCAGACGACGGAGGAUCGCAAGAACAUGGCUCGCAUCCAGGACCUGGCGGACAAGCUGCAGCUGAAGGUGAAGUCCUACAAGCGCGCCUCCGAGGAGGCAGAGGAACAGGCCAAUGCUAACCUGGCCAAGUUCCGCAAGCUGCAGCAUGAGCUGGAGGAGGCUGAAGAGCGAGCAGACAUCGCCGAGUCCCAGGUGAACAAACUCCGGGCCAAGACCAGGGACGGGUCUGGCAAGAAGGGCUUGGAUGAGUGAGGAGGUCCCAACACAGCAAUGUCACAGGUGUGUUGAUUAGAACAAUUACACCUUUUUCUCACAAUUGCAUUAUAGAGCAGAAUGUAGGAUAUGAAGAAUAUAUUCCAGACAAUGAGUACAUUUUACAUGCAUACUUAUAAUUCAAUAUUACUUCCUUACUUACUCUGAUAAUCUUAAUCGGUAUAAGGUCAUAAGCUAAGUAAGCAUAAACCGAUUAAAAUACCUAGAUUUUUUAAAUAAUUAGGACAUGUAAACGCCUUAAUCGGAGUUGUGUAUUUGAUCUGCUCUCACCAGCAGUGCGAGCCUCCCUCUUCGGCACGAGUGAAGUGAGUUUGGAAAGUAUGCAUUAUAGAAAUGAUUUUCAGAUGCAAACUUUAUAUGUCUAAACUCAGAAUCAAAUAGGCUUCCCAAAAAGUAUAUGAUCACUGUGAUAAAACGUUUAAGUUGAUAGGGUAUUUUCUGCAUUUUUCAAAGCCUCAUCAGGUAGCCUGAUUAACAGCUGUCCAUGUUAACCGGAUUCUAAGGGAAAUCGAUCUUCUUGCAAAGCAUAUAAAUGUUUUAAUCAAGCUAUUAUAGUAAUGAGAGUAAUCACAAUAAUAAUAUUAUUGAAUGCAUGUACAUGUACCUAAUUAUUUAAGAGGAAUAGGCUUCAUUAGUUUAAGAAUACAUACCUAAUUGUAAUGCCCUAAAUCAUUUCACUGUGCUACAUAAAUCACAUUGUAUUGUAAUUACACAAUUAAAGUGAAAUGUGAAUACCA